CACAUUUCGGGGAUAAUCGGCAGCGACGAUGCUUGCGAUGAAACAGCAGACAGCGAUUGAUGGACGAACCAUUGCUGAUAUUGAGCGGGAUUUGCCGUCACGAAAGUCGUCUCAUACAGCAAACAUUACCCGUUAUGCCCAAGAAUUAUCCCAGGGUCUGGAUUCCAUGCUGAAUUUUUACAAUGAUCGCUUUUCCUCGCUCGGUUUCUUGAACUACAUUGGCAAGCAAAAGGCGGAAAGCGAGCUCGUGAACACCAUGUUCAACGGUGGUAAAGAAUACACUGCACGCAAGCAAGAAGAAAAGAAGAAAAAGGACAGAAAAGAUAGUAAGCGUGACGUUAACGCUAGUCGCAAUAUUCAUUUGAUCGCAGCUACUUUGGCCAAUGGCCGAGAGGGUCCAACAAUUUUCACCCGCACAUCUUCCACGUAG